UCUAAGCUCGCUCAGCAGUCACCACCACACUGGAACCUCGAAGAACACAGCUCACAGCGACAAACAAUGGUUCACUCCAAUCUUCUCCUCCUCUUCCUACUCGUGUUCGUCACCUCCAACUCCAGCUUGCAAUCGACGACGGCGCAGGCCGACGCCAUCGAGCUUGCGACACUCCGAAAGAUCAAGAAAGACUGGGGCAGCCCUGCUGCACUCAGUUCAUGGGACUCCAAGAAUCCUGCCUUCUGUAACUGGACUGGGGUCCUUAGCUGCAAGAAUGGCCAAGUGACUGCCCUGUCCUUCCAAAAAUACCACAUAGCCAAUCCAAUCCCAGCCUCCAUUUGCAGCCUCAUGAACUUGUCAUACAUAGACCUCUCCUACAACAACCUUACGGGCGAGUUCCCGACGGCCCUUUACAGCUGCUCGGCGCUGCAGUACCUCGACCUGUCGAACAAUGGUUUCUCCAGCACCCUGCCGGCUGACAUCAACAAACUGUCGUCGGGGAUGGAGCACCUGAACUUGUCAAGCAAUGGCUUCACCGGCAGCGUGCCAUCGGCGAUUGCUGGGUUCCCAAAGCUCAAACUUUAUUCAACAGAUACUAACAGCUUCAAUGGGAGCUACCCGAGUGCCGCUAUCGGAGGCCUCAAUGAGCUCGAGACACUGACGUUGGCAAGCAACCCGUUCGCGCCAGGGCCCAUCCCUGAUGAGUUCGGCAAGCUGACAAAGCUGAAGACGCUCUGGCUGUCGGGGAUGAACCUGACCGGCGGCAUCCCCGACACACUCUCGUCGCUCACGGAGAUGACGAUGUUGGAUCUGUCACAGAACAAGCUUCAUGGCGAAAUCCCGGCGUGGGUUUGGAAGCUUCAAAAGUUGCAGUACCUGUACCUGUUUGCAAACAACUUCGCCGGCGGGAUCAGCCCUAACAUCACAGCUGUCAGCAUGCUCGAGGUUGACUUGUCCGUGAACAGGCUCACCGAACCAAUACCGGAGACCAUCGGCAACAUGAAGAACUUGACAUUGCUCUACUUGUACUUGAACAACAUCACCGGGCUUAUUCCGACGAGCAUCGGGCUGCUCCCAAACCUCAAGGACCUCCGGCUAUUCAACAAUAGUCUCUCCGGCGCCCUUCCGCUAGAGCUCGGGAAGCACUCACCACUCGGCAACCUAGAAGUGUGCAACAAUUUGCUCACCGGCGAUCUCCCGGACACCCUCUGCUUCAACAAGAAGCUCUACGAUAUCGUGGUGUUCAACAACAAUUUCUCCGGCGUGUUCCCGGCGACCCUGGGGCAGUGCGACACGCUGAACAACAUAAUGGUGUACAACAACCGCUUCACCGGGGACUUCCCGGAGAAGGUAUGGUCGGCGUUCCCUUACCUGACCAGUGUACAUAUUCAGAACAACGGCUUCACUGGCACUCUGCCCAGUGUCAUAUCCUCCAACAUCACAUUUAUUGAGAUGGGGAACAAUUGGUUCUCCGGCGCUGUACCGGCUUCCGCGGCGGGGUUGAAGAAUUUCAAGGCGGAAAACAACCGGUUCUCCGGCCCGCUUCCAGCAAACAUGUCAGGGUUUGUUAACCUCAAUGAGCUGAAUCUCGCCGGGAACAUGAUAUCUGGCUCGAUUCCACCUUCCAUCAGAUCAUCGGGAAGGCUGAAUUCUCUGAACCUUAGCAGCAAUCAGAUAUCAGGCGCAAUCCCGGCGGCCAUUGGGUUGCUGCCGGUUCUCACAAUCCUUGACCUCUCUAACAACGAGCUCACCGGCGACAUACCGCAGGAGUUCAACAACCUCCAUCUCAGCGUCCUCAACCUCUCGAAUAACCUACUCACCGGCGCGGUCCCAGAGUCUCUGCAGAGCCAGGCGUACGAAGGGGCGUUCCUCGGAAACCGUGGCCUUUGCGCCAUGGUGACGCUGAACACGAACCUUCCGGUAUGCCGUUACCACCGCCAUAACCAGAUGUCAACUGGCCUGAUCAUUUCCGCGGUGCUCGUUGGCGUCGCCCUCAUCAUUGGUGCCGUUGGGGGUGUCAUCAUCCAGCGGCAGAAGCGCCGGCAAGACGUGACCGUUUGGAAGAUGACGCCGUUCCGCACGCUCGACUUCACGGAGUGUGACAUACUCACCAAGCUCCGGGAGGAGGACGUGAUCGGCAGCGGUGGCUCCGGCAAGGUGUACCGCGUCCACCUCCGCGGCCGAGGUUGCGCCGGCACGAUGGUGGCCGUGAAGAGACUGUGGAGCAGGGGGAAGACCGACGCGAGGCUCGACAAGGAGUUCGACUCCGAGGUGAAGAUCCUCGGCGACAUCCGGCACAACAACAUCGUGAGCCUCCUAUGCUGCAUCUCCAGCGACGACACGAAGCUUCUGGUGUACGAGUUCAUGGAGAACGGCAGCCUCGACCGGUGGCUGCACCGGCGAAAGGGCGCCUCCGCGCCGCCGCCGCUGGACUGGCCGACGCGGCUGGGCAUCGCUAUCGACGCGGCGAGGGGCCUGAGCUACAUGCACCACGAGUGCGCGCAGCCCAUCAUGCACCGGGACGUCAAAUCCAGCAACAUUCUGCUCGAUCCGGACUUCCACGCGAAGAUCGCCGACUUCGGCCUCGCUCGGAUCCUCGUCAAGUCCGGCGAGCUCGAGUCCGUGUCCGCCGUCGGCGGCACCUUCGGCUACAUGGCUCCAGAGUGCGGACGAGGCACGAAGGUGAACGAGAAGCUGGACGUGUACAGCUUCGGCGUGGUGCUGCUGGAGCUGACGACCGGGCGUGUGGCGAACGACGGCGGCGCGGAGUGCUGCCUGGUGGAGUGGGCGUGGCGGCGGUACAAGGCGGGGGGCCCGCUGCACGACGUCGUGGACGGGAGCAUCCAGGACAGGCCCGUGUUCGUGGACGACGCCGUGAACGUGUUCCUACUCGGGGUGAUGUGCACCGGGGACGACGCACCGUCGCGGCCGUCGAUGAAGCAGGUGCUGCAGCAACUCGCCCGCUACGACCGCACCUCAAGCGUGGCCGGCGCGUGCCGGGACGACUGCGACGACAGCAGUGGCACGCGGCUCCCGGCGGCGAACAAAGGCGGCCAGGACAAGAGUUCGUUGGACCCCGGAGUGUUUUGGGAUGGCCGCGAGGAGAGCGGCAGCUUCGUGGCUCAUCCCGUUUAAAAUCUUCUUCUUUUUUUUAGAUCACCAUGCAAACGCUGCACGCAGAGGACUGAUCGCACCCACGCAGACACACAGCACUGGUGAUGUGUCGACAUGGACAAGAAAAAUAAUUCAGCACUGCGCUUUGCAUCA